AUCGUGUUCACCCACCAAAUAGCACCACGCCGUAACAACACCGGCCACAUAGGUAUAUAGUCCCAGCGGGAGAACGCCUAGUCUUGAACCAGCCAGGCACUCCCACCGUCAGUCUCUAUACUGCUUCCCCUGACACUCCACCCGAGCCGCAUAGCCUUCCGCCUCUACGUGCUUCCGUCCCUGUCCUCGGUUCCGGCGUCCAACUCAAGUACCUCUACCAACUGCGACGAGCGUCAGACAGGAUCAAGUCACUGCAUGUCUCCAUCAGUGCCAUCAAACGCAGCAGUUCCCUCAGGCCACGCAACCAUCCCCGCUCUCCAUUUGCGAGACGCACGAGAUGCCCACAUCGUCUUCGAGGCAGUCAGGCUCAACAUCCUGCCUCUCAUCACCAGACGACUCACGGCUGCUGAGCGCGACCAGCUAUCGUCUGGUAACGUGUUUGUCUGGGAAGAGGCAGAGCACAAGCAAGGCGGGCUGGAGAGGUGGACGGAUGGAAGGAGAUGGUCUCAGAGCCGGAUGCGCGGAGAUUAUCUCUUUUACGAAGAGAAGAUAGAGACCACGCCCGAGGAGAAGGCAGCCAAGGCUGCACGUCGGGCGCGUCGGACGCUAGACCCGUUCAGCCACCAGCCAGUCCCUACGCGGCAGGAUCGCCCCUCCAAGCCAGAUGGCUUGACGAAGCAGACGUACUCGACCCACGUCUAUGCGCAUGCUAAUGAGCCGAGGAAGUGGCAUGUUGUUGCAUAUUUCUGUGGCGACGACUACCAACAUCUUCCAGUAGUCGAGGACUACGACUUUCUCAGGAAGAUUCGCAUACCAGACGGUGUAUUCUCGUCUCCGCGUGGCAACCCGGCCAAGAUUGCUCGCGCGCUGACAGUCCCCGACGAACGUUCCCGCAACGACGGCAAUUGGUCCAAGGGCUCCUCCUGGUCGCAUGCAGCAACCUCGGGAAGCGGCGCGCUCUCGCCAAUCGAGCGACCAGAGUCUUCCUCGUCCUCCUCGUCUUCAUCGACCAACCUGAGCACGUCAAGCGAUACCACUGUCUUCCACGAGGGCAACAUGCUGCCACGUCUCUCGAAUGUAAUCCCCAUCCAUCCCCUUAGCCCCGCAAUCUCUCAUACCCACUCCCAAUCGUCUCAAUCAUCUAGUUAUGCUGCGCUUACGACCGAGGAUCGCCGUGCUUUGAGUAGCUUUCGUAUUGUGUUAUGAUUAUUCUCGAGUUAUUUGCUGUUCGGGCCCCUCAGUGCCCCCUUGUAGACUCGGCGUUUUCUUCGGUCGGGUGUAUCUUGGUGUAUCUCUUGGACACUAGCGUUGUAUGAAUGGCUUGUUGCACGUCC